UCGUGCACCCUCGCUACGACGUUUAGAUUGAGUGAGGCCAUGGAAUGAAACAGUCUCUCUCGUCUCCCUGCUUUCCAUGUACUGAGAUUCUGUUCCGUAGCAAAGCAUUUGAGGGUUAACAACUUUCGACAAUUUUAAACCCACUCAACCCCGAACUCAAUGUAUUUAUGAGCAUUUAUGAAAUCGUCUCCGAAUUGGUAGUAAUAUUGGCGCAAUUUUAAACAAUGUUAAUUACUUCGUUUUUAUGGAUAAUAGCUUUUAUUGGAUUUUUGUCAACUAAAGAUACUAGAGGCCAACCAUUGAGAACCUUCAGCGAUAACUAUGAUCAUAUAGAAACUCCAAGCAUCUGCAGGCGAAAUAUUGAAGGACUGGAGCCUCUGGUGUCUCACGAGCUAGAUGUACUUAGACAAUUUCUACACAUUUCUAAAGCAAAUAAAACAAAACUGAAACUUACAUCAGCAUCGCUCACGUGGAACAUAGAUGAAGCUUUAAAACUGCUAAACUUUCUCUGUGGAUUUCAGCUCAAAGUGGAAACCGAGGUUCUAUUUCCUUUUUCUCUUUCCUCUUUGAAGAGACUCCGACGAGAAACUAAAGAAGAAACAAAAACAGUUGUUAGUAGCCAAACCAUAGUUUUGACCUGUCCCGUUAACGAAAGAAAUGCCCAAAACGUCGCCUGGAACAAAGACAGUUUCGCCUUGCCUGUCAACGCUAGGCAGAGUAUUCUGAAGAAUGGAAGUUUGCUCAUACAAGAAGUAACAAAAAAUAGUGACGAAGGAACAUACAACUGCCGUUACCAUGACAAUCGGCUUAGAUCAAGAAAUCAUGUAGUCAUUCUACGAGUGAUCGAACCUCCAGCGAUCUCUCCCUUCCAAUUCCCCUCAGAUGCUGUAGUGGGGAUGAGGAUCAGAAUAAUGUGCUCCGUCAUUCUUGGAGACCCACCAUUUCAUUUCACAUGGCUAAAAGAUGGAGUCAUUCUCUCUGCAAGUUACGGCCUAAGUGUACAAUAUUUUCAAGAUUACAGUAUUCUUUCAACAACAAAUUUAGUCCCAAAAAAUUCGGGCAACUACACUUGUAGCGUCAGCAACGGUGCAGGGACUGCAAGUAAUAGCGCCCUUUUAAUAGUGAAUGCGCCCCCUAGCUGGAUCGUGGAACCGCAAAAUAUGGAAGUUGUUCUUGGAAGAUCAAUUAGAAUUGACUGCAGUGCUAAUGGCCUACCGAAGCCUAAAAUAACAUGGAAAAAAUCCGAAAGUAAUGAACCCGCAGAUUAUACUCCAAUCUACAACAGUCAUAAACACACCCUUUAUCCUAACGGCUCGCUUCUCAUUCAUUCCGCUAGCAAAGAUGAAGAAGGCUAUUACGUUUGUGAAGCCAGGAAUGGAUACGGAACAAACUUGAAUAAAUUGAUUAACCUAACUGUGAAUCAGCCACCCAUAUUUAACGUCAAGUUCAGAUCUCACUCGGUACAAAAAGGACAGUCAGUGGAUAUUCCUUGUGUUGUAGCAGGAGAUCAACCAAUAAAGUUUACCUGGCUAAAGGACGGCCUCACCUUGACCAACAGCUCACGAUAUCUAAUCUCAGCGUCAGAACUACCGCUAUCGAGCCACAUGUCUACACUAAAGAUUAGACAAACGAGCAGGAAUGAUUCAGGGACUUAUUUGUGUGAAACUCGCAAUAAGUAUGGAGAGGAUGCGGUGAAAAUCCAUUUAUUGAUUCAAGAGGCACCUGGUCCGCCAUUCAACAUAUCCGUAACCAAUGUGACGGGAAGAACAAUAUCGCUGCUAUGGACGGAACCAUACACUGGAAAUAGUGACAUCUCUCGUUACUUAAUUAAAUAUCAGAAGGAACUUUCUGGUCAACAACAAGAUUUAACGAUGAAUUUCACCGUUGGUGGGUCCCAGCGUGAAGUUGUUCUCAGUGGUUUGGAGCCUGCCAGUUCAUAUUUAUUAAGCGUCACUGCUGAAAACUCUGUGGGUUGGGGCAGCCAGAGUGAAUGGCUUUCAGCCAAGACGCAGCAAGAAGCACCAAGUGGUCCACCAACUGAAGUCAUGGUGCAAGCAACGGGCCCAAACUCAAUAAAAGUGGUUUGGAAGCCUCCUCGAGAUGACCAAUGGAAUGGAAAGAUUAGCGGUUAUUACAUCGGUUAUAAACCAAUUGACGAAAAUACGUACGUGUACAAAACGUUUCAUGUGAAGAACGAGACAGCACAAGAGCAGUUCCAUCUGACUAAUCUUAAGAGAUCAACGAUCUAUUACAUCACAAUCCAUGCUUUCAACAGCAAAGGACCAGGUCCAAGAUCUGACGAAGUACAAGUCAAGACACUAGAUGAUGUUCCUCCUAGUGCUCCUCAUUUGAAAUACUUGUCAGUGUCAACUUCUUCGAUAACUCUUCAGUGGUCUCAACGUACAACAUUUGGUACCAACGUAGUAGACUACACGCUUCACUACCGACAGGAAAACGAACAAUCUGGAUGGACUGUAGUCCCCAUAGCAACCGAUCAAGAACAGUAUACGCAAACGAACCUUCAGUGUGGCACAACCUAUCAGUUUUUUAUGACGUCACACAACACUGUUGGUAGAAGUGAACCAAGUAAUAAGCUUAACAUCAGGACAGCAGGAGCGGCUCCUGUGUCACCAGCUCGAGAAGAUUUCAUCACUGUCAAUAUAACCGAAGUUACUCUAGAUUUCUCUAAGUGGAAAGAUGGCGGCUGUCUGAUCACUUUUUAUACCAUCAAGUUAAGAAAGAAGUUCCACAGUCAUUGGAAGACUCUGAUAGACAAUCUCCAGUUUAAAGCAAAACCACCUUUUCAACUCUUGACUCUGUCUCCGGCUACUUGGUACGAACUCCUAAUCACUGUACAAAAUUCAGCAGGAACAACAGAAGCUAUGUACGAUUUUAGAACACGAGAAAUUCUUUCUCGUGAAACAAUUAAGAAACCGAAAGUUCGUACCACCUACUUCAUUAUCGAUUUAGAAAUACUCAUACCCAUUACUGUCUCCAGCUUCGUUGUUGUGGUAGUAAUCAUUGUUGGAUGUGUAUUGUGUAUUCGAGAGCCACGAUCUGCUCAUCAUGAGAACGAAACCCAGAUAUAUGGGAAGACCACACACAAUGUAAUACAAAUGAAGGAUAUUGGAAACUCACCCCCAUUAGACUACGUAUCAAGUGAAGAUGGAACCCAGCGUUCUUCACCCUAUUCUCAGUCAACGAAUCAUUGCCCUGCGAGUCAAUCGGUGUUUGUUUCACGGCCAGGUAGAGAUAGGAGGAACUCCACCCAUACGCAACUCCCUAUGACACUUUACCAGUCCCGCCCUCUAGUGAUAACCAACGUCAGCCAGGAGCAUCCACUAUCCGCACUCUCACAAGGAAGGAAAGAGACAUGCGAAUCCAUAAUGUCUACAGCAAGCAGGUUGACUCAGCGAGAGUGGCCUUAUGAAUAACACCAGAGAUGAAUGCUGCUCCAAGUCUUUUCAGUAUCACUAAACAGAGGAAUCUCUAAAUUGCUUUGAAAUUCUGUGAUUUUAGAUUUAAAAACAACAAAAACAUAACUGUUUUUAAACAAAAAAUGCCAAAACUGUAUUAUUAAUGACAUAUACGAAAUAACACAAAUAUUUCUUGAUAGUCUAAACCAAAACUGCAAAUGAAAAUUUAUUAAUUAAAACAGUAAUUUUUUUUUGAAGAUUUAUCAAGUACGGUGCGAAUACAAUAAAAAAACGAGUAUUUUUCAAUCACAUAUGUAGCUUCACUAUACUUCUCUUACGUCAUUUUAAUAUGACGAAACGAAAACCUUUUUA